AUGAGAACAUCUGUAUUUCCUGAGGGCUUGGAAUCACUGCUCCAAAAAUCGUCAGAUGGACAGAUUGUACUGCUCAAUAGAAACAAGCUGAAUAAUGACCAUAGGCAAAAAUUAUCAAAGAUAAUUAUUGGUGGACUUAUCUCUUUGCAUGGUAUUGACACUCAAAUCGGCAAACAAACAAAAAAAGUUGAACUCAGAGAGAAUUUAGAUCCAGUAAAAACUGAUGAACAAAAAACAUAUUUAGACUUCCUUAAGGUAGCUACUGAACCAUACGCUAAAAUUUUAGAAGCUUGGGAGGAGACUUUCAAAAUCAGGAGAAAAGAGUACAUGCAUGUUGGACUGAAUAAAAUAUUUGAAGACUUUCCAUGCUUGAAAUUAAAUAGUGGCAUUGAACUGAUUGAAACUGAUUUUAAUAAGAAGUUUCCCCAAAAAAUUGACUUAAUAUAUAAUACUUUACCAAAAGUGAUUGAGGCAAUAAAUAAGGAAGUAAAAGAGAAAAAGAUUAACGUAUUGGAAGGUGUGCAGUGUACUGAUGACAUUUUGCAUGGAUUACUGGCAUUGCCAUAUCUGUUUGCACCAAUUACACUCAAAAAGUCCCGAAAAUGUGGAACCUGGCGACCCACAAGGAGUGAAAUUGUAAAUAGUUUAUUUGUUUACAUCCAGAAUUUUGAUGAGAUUGAAUUAAUAUAUUCAAGAAGAAAGAAGAAGCUGGAAGAGUUCGACAUCACCCUUCAACCAUUUGUUGUUGUAACUGGUGAGUUCAGAAAUCUACAAUACUACAUCAUAAUAGACAAUGAAAUAAGAUACAAACUAAAUAGUUGUAUUAGGGCUCUCGAACUGGUAUUCAAAUUAUUUCAUUCAUUGGAUGUUGAAUACCCAUCAGAAUCUGAACACAUAUGGUUGUUCAUUGGAGAAAUGAUAUUUAAUAUGUGCCCAAGCAAAAAAAACUCUUGCACUGCUUCUGUAGUUGCAGAUAUAAAAUAUCAGCUAAACGUCAGUGUUCCAUCUGAUGGGUAAUCCCUGACUUCAAAACAGUUUGUGUAUGUCGUGUAUGUACCUAUUAAUAUUAGCAUUCUUCUGGUUAUAAAAAAAUAGAUGAACUUGAAUAAUGAAUUGUUAUUUAUGUAAAACAUCUUAUUUUAAGAUAAACUCGUUGAUUAAUCAUUUGAAAAUUAUUCAUCAAUUGCAUGACAGUAGCACUUUUCUGUGUGGGCAGCCAACUUGUCACAGGAGUUUUCCUUCCGUGAAUUCAUUUCGUAAGCAUUUGAAGUGACAUGAAUGUAGGCCUACAUUGUCUAUAUCAGUUUCUGAAGAUUUGUUAGGUGGUAAACAUAAUAUCAUUUUGGAAGAGCCUUCAAAUAUUGAUAGCCUCCCUGUAACAUCUAUUCGUCCCAAUAGUGAUUCUCAUGAGAAACAAGAUCCCUUCUUGAAGUUCAAAGAACAUUUGACUCUCAAUAACGUUCUGUUUUUGAGUAGAUUGUACUCAGAGUCUACUAUUAGACGAAAAGAUAUUCAAAUGAUUGUGGGUGAAGUUAAAAAUCUUAUUAGUUCACCUUUUACUUAUUUCAAAAGUUAUUUACUUAAUGAUUUGACAACACUUACCCAAAAAGAGAGAUAUCAGAUCGGGAACUUUUUUAAUCAAUUUGACAGUAUUUUUGAUAGUUUUGAAAGUGAAUAUUUGGGAUUUCAAUUCUUGGAAAGAAAAGGAUUAUAUAUUCCUCCAAUGCAAUUUGUUGUUGGACAGCGAUUAGAAAAACGUAGUGGGCUUCCACCUUUUGUAAAAAAUUAUACUGCUCAAUUCAUACCUAUGUCAUCUGUUUUGAAAAAGUUUUUUGAAAUACCUAAUGUGUUAAAUGACACUUUGAAAUACUGUGAAAAAUUAAAAGACGAAAAAAACACUUGCAACAUCAUUCAGUCAGAGUACUGGAAAGAAAAAUGUUCUCAUUUUGAUAAGGAUGCCAUUGUGUUUCCUUUAUUUGUUUAUUAUGAUGACUACGAGAGUGGUAACCCAUUGGGGUCUCAUGCAGGAAUACAUAAAAUUGGGGCAGUUUAUUAUUCUGUGCCUUGUUUGCCACCCCAAUUUCAAGCAAGACUGAAUAAUAUUUUCAUUGUCAUGCUUUUUCAUUCAAGUGACUUAAAGGAUUUUGGUGAAGCAAUAAUUUUUUCUAAAUUCAUUGAAGAGGUCAAUGAACUGAAACAAAAUGGAAUAUUGAUGAAAACAGCAUCUAGUGAAAUUCGAAUUUUUUUCUGUCUUGCUUUAUUUUUAGGGGAUAAUCUGGGUUUGAAUACUUUAUUGGGAUUUCAAGAAAGUUUCAGUGCUAAUUCUUUUUGUAGAUUUUGUAAAUGUUUACGACCAGUAACUCAAGAACAAUCUUUUCAGAUCGAUAGUAAAUUGAGGAAUAGGACUAAUUAUCAAGAGGACUUGAUAAUCAACAAUAGUUCUGUUACAGGUGUCAAACGCUCUUGUUCUUUGAACAACAUUCAAUUAUUUCAUGUCACAGAAAAUUACAGAGUCGAUAUUGCUCACGAUAUUUUUGAAGGCGUUGGUGUCCUAGUUAUGGGUCAUUUGCUUCAUCAAUUUAUUGUUGUUGACAGAUUUUUUCAGUUAGAAAUUUUAAAUAACAAAAUAAGAUUUUUUGAUUUCAGUAAUGAUUCUAAUAGACCUCCUAUUAUAACAUUUGAUAAUUUAAAAAAGAAAACGCUCAAAAUGUCUGCAUCUGAAAUGAGAACAUUUAUUCUAAAUGCUGGACUACUUUUUGGUUACUUGAUCCCUGAAGGCAACAAGUAUUGGAUAAUUUACAUACUGUUGAGGAAAAUUCUAAAAAUUGCAUUGAGUGACAGUGUCUCACCAAAUGCAAUAAAAGAGUUAGGGAGGUUGAUAUAUCAACAUCAUUCAUUGUUUAUCGAAUUAUUUAGACCUUUGACACCAAAAUGUCAUAUAAUUACGCAUUAUCCAUUUGUUAUGGAAAAAGUGGGGCCUUUGAAUUCUUUGAUGACUUUAAGAUUUGAAUCAAAACACCGUCUUUCCAAGUUAGCCGCCAAUGUUGUUUGCUCAAGAGUGAAUCUCACUAAAACGUUAGCCAUAAAACAUCAACUUCAACUAAUUUCCCGUUUUCUUAGCGAAGAGGGCUUUCAAAACCACCAAAUAAUAUGUUAUACUAAAAACAAAAAUAAACACAUCGAUUUGGUAUUGCCUCAUUUAAAUGAAAACUUAGAUCGAGAUUGUUAGUAAUCCUAUAUAUUGGAAGAUUUUCAAGGUACUGUAUCUGAAGCUUACAAAGUAGUAUUCAAUAAUAAAACAUUCAGAGAAAUAGUAUAUUAUUCAACGAGCGCAUAAUGAUGGCUAUUACCCACGAAGAUGAAAGUUGCAGUACGAGCCGAAGGCGAGUGCUGUAAUCAU